GAUUCAAAGGCCACGUCGAUAUUCAAAGUGUCAUCUAAAGCAAGCACAAAAGAUAAAGCUCUCUUGCACACUUUCAACCAUUAGAACCAAAAUCUUCCCCAAUCACAAAGCAAAGCAUCUCAAGGUUACUUCUUCAGCAAUGGCUGCUUCCAUUGUACCAUUCAUCAUCUUCAUCACCUCCACACUAGAGUCAUGGAUAAUUCCAUUGCCAUCAUUUUUGCUUCAAUGGUCAGCCAAAUCUUGCUUCUCCUUGCAUCAACUCUGUUCCAAGGUGCGCAAGGAACCAUUGGGGUCAACUAUGGCACAGUGGCAAAUGAUCUUCCUCCAUCACCCCAAGUUGCACAUUUCCUUGUAGAAUCCACCAUUAUCAACCGUAUCAGGCUCUUUGAUUCCAACCCUGAAAUAUUGCAAGCCUUUGCUCACACAGGAAUUGAGGUCACAAUCAGUGUCCCUAAUGACCAAAUCCCCCACCUAACCAAACUAAGCUUUGCUGAACAAUGGGUUAAAACCAAUGUCCAAGCUUAUACACCUGCCACCAAUAUAGUCCGAAUUUUAGUAGGCAAUGAAGUAUUAUCCACAGCUAAUAAAUUGUUCAUCGCAAGCCUUGUCCCAGCCAUGCAGACCCUUCACACAGCACUUGUGGCAGCCUCUUUGGACCCAAAAAUUAAGGUUUCUACACCUCACUCUUUGGGCAUUUUAUCAACCUCAAGCCCACCAUCCACUGGAAAAUUUAGACAAGGCUAUGACACCCAUGUGUUUAAACCAUUGUUUAGCUUCCUUAGAUCCACCAAUGCACCUUUCAUGGUAAAUCCAUAUCCAUAUUUUGGGUAUUCGGAUGACACAUUGGAUUAUGCACUUUUUAGGCCCAAUCCAGGGGUUCUUGAUGAGAACACUAAGCUUACAUACACAAACAUGUUGGAUGCUCAAUUGGAUGCAGUUUUCUCAGCCAUGAAAUUGUUGGGCUUUGAGGACCUCGAUAUAGUUAUUGCGGAAACCGGUUGGCCUUCGGAGGCAGAUUCAGCCCAAGUUGGUGUUAGCCCAGAGAAUGCUGCUGAAUACAAUGGAAAUCUUAUGAGGCAUGUCAACUCUGGUGUUGGGACACCUCUCAUGCCCAACAGGACAUUUGAGACAUUCAUUUUUGCUCUAUUCAACGAAAAUCUCAAGCCCGGCCCAAUAAGCGAGAGGAACUUCGGGUUGUUUCGGCCCGAUAUGACGCCCGUCUAUGAUAUAGGGAUCAUGCGGCCCACGGGUAGAUCAUCUGUUCCUAUGAACCCAAGCCCAUAUGAAAGCCCAGUUCCAGCAGUUUCACCAAUUGGCCCAAGCCCAAGUUCACAGCCAGUUGAUGGAAAAAGAUGGUGUCUGCCCAAAUCAGGGGUCGAUCAAGAUGCUUUGCAAAGGAAUAUUGAUUAUGUUUGUGGGCUGGGCUUGGACUGUGGGCCGAUCCAAGAAGGAGGGAUGUGUUUUGAUCCAAAUACAGUUCGGGCCCAUGCAGCUUAUGCCAUGAAUAUGUACUAUCAAGUAAUGGGAAGUUAUGAGUAUGAUUGUGAUUUUGAACAUUCUGGAGCCCUCACAGAUGUGGAUCCGAGCUAUGGAAGAUGCAAAUAUUGAGAAUGAGCUGAAUUGCAAGGAUACUCGCUAGAGAUGGACCAUUGCUACAAGUUAAUGCAGGCUUUUAAAGCUAUUAUAGUAUUAUUAUUAUCUCUUUUUUCUUUUUUGAAGGUAGAAUAAAUGAUUAGUAACAUUUGUUUCUAGACAUGGACACGUAGUGUUAGUCAAAAUUCAUAGCAGUUUGAGCUUCACUGGCUUAUUAUAGAUAGUCAUCAAUGUUAAAGGAAGAUAAUUCAUUAAACAAAAUUUUACUUUCUGAUUUUAUUUUUUGAAA